CGUCGAAAUCUAUCCCCUCUUCUUCUUCCCCGAUCUAUGUUGUCAAUUCAUUAACACCAAUCGAGACAUUCAAAAGAACACGAAACCCUAAUUUUCCCAAGCUCCGAUUUUUAUCUCCCUUUUCCUGAUUAUAUAUAUACUCUCUCCCUCUCUCUCCCUCUCUCUCUCUCUCUCUCUCUCUCUCUCUCUCUCUCAGCUGAGAGAUCUUUGUUGCCAUGGAGGAGAUGAUCCUGAGAGAACAACCCUUUAUGGGGAACCCAAGUUCGACCUCAACCCCAUCAUCUGCCCUAGGGAUCCACAGAGACUCAAGAUCAAUUGCCAAAGUCAAACCUAAGAUCAGGAUAAUCCACAUAUUCGCCCCGGAGAUCAUAAAGACCGACACCGCCAACUUCCGGGGCCUCGUGCAACGCCUCACAGGGAAGUCCGCUGCCAGCGCUGCCAACCAUCAGAAGAGCCAGAAAAGGAAGUCAUCCGGGCUCAUCAUCCCUAAAAGAGAAGGGCAUCAAAAGAUCAUGCCUGAGAAGCCGAUACCAAGGAAGAUGGAGCAGAUUAACCUGUUUCAUGGGUUCGACCCAAGGGAGAGGAUGAAGGAGGAAGAAGGGAUGAUGAUGAUGAUGGUGAGAGGUGGAGGAGAUGGAGGUGGGUACUUGAAGGAUUUUGCAGACUUGGACGGUUUCGCGUAUGAGAUGGGAGGUUUGCCUCUGUUGUCUGCGGAUGCUUCUCAAAUCCCCUCCUUUGAAGCAGCUCAUCACCACCAUCACCAUCACCAGCACCACGUCUCCUCAUGAAACACGCAUGCGGGUGUGUGGAUGGAGAAUUUUAUAGUGAGUGGAGAGUCUUCAAGAUUUGGUUUCAGGGUUUUAGGGGAUUGAGAUAGACACCGAGAGUUUGUUGAUUGAUUGAUGAAAAUGCCCAUGCUCUCUCUCUCUCCCUCUCUUUGCUGAGUAAGGAUUUUGCACACGGUACACAGACUAUGUCAAAUAAUUUCUCACUACACCCCCAUUCUACCGUUAUUAAUUCAGAUCGACAGUUUACUUCUGAAAUAUAAGUACCCAUCUUAUGGCAAUGAAAAUGAUUUGUAUGGAAAACCAGUUUAUGGGCAGCUUGUGUGCCACUGAUUAAUUUGGUGAGAGAGCAUUCUUGUGCUGUAAAUAUUGAUGAAACAUAGCUUAUGGGAUACUGCAUCUGCAUUUUGGUGGAGAUUGCUGCUGGUUCUUCUUGCUCCAUCGACGAGGAUGUAAUGGAAGCAAAGCGAUACGAUCAGCUAGGGGGUGCUAGUGGGCUUUCUUGGAAGGAUUUUGUAUUGUUCUUGUUUGGUUUGGCUUCUUGGGUUGGAGUUUUUCUUCGUUUUUCUUUUCAAUGUGGGGUUUAUGGACAUCUCUUUCUGAGAAGUUUCCUUUGUUGACAUACAAUGUACAGUAGACAAGCAUAUCUAUAUCGACAGGACUUGUACGAGAGAUUUGAUGUGUCAAUGGAUUUCUUGCAAGAAAAGCACUUGUAUGUU